AUGAAAUCCAUGGUGGUGUUUUUCGCAUUGUGCGCGGUGGCUUAUGGCUCCCUGGUGGCGCCUGCGCACCUACCAGUAGUCACAUCAUACGCUCCUUCAGUCGUCGUUGCUCCAUCCUACGGCUACAACGCUCCCCUGCUGCCUUUGGGAGGACUCGGCUAUGGGGGUCGCAGCCACUACCUGUACAAGCGCUCCUUAGGACACUACGCCGUACCAGCCGCUGUAUCUCACCAAUCCCGUGUAGACGUAGUCUCCAGCCCCGCUGUGGUGUCACACGCCGUGGCCGCGCCUAUUGUGGCUCACGCUCCCGUCGUCGCCGCUUUACCAUCUGCCGUAUCUCAUCAGUCCCGCGUUGACAUACACAGCAGCCCAGCUGUCGUCGCCCAAGCCGCCGUUGUACCCGCCGUUGCUCCUCUUAGCUACGCCGCUCCUUAUAGCCAUGGAUAUGGCUACGCCGCCGCCCCCUACAACCAUGGCUACUACAACUCUGCCCCUUGGGCCCAUGCCUGGUAA